CUUCCUCUAACCUGCUCCGGUCCAACAUGGCUCCGCGGUUGUGCAUCAUCUCUGCAGCGGCACGGCGGCUGCUCACGAAGCCGGGACCCCGUGCUGGGGACCUCGCGGCUGCGGGUGCUGUGCGCUUCUAUUCCAAGGACAGUGAAGGCAGCUGGUUCCGCUCCCUCUUUGUUCACAAGGUGGAUCCUCGGAAGGACGCCCACUCCACUCUGCUGUCCAAGAAGGAGACUAGUAAUCUCUACAAGAUCCAGUUUCACAAUGUGAAGCCCGAAUGUCUGGAUGCCUACAACAGUCUGACGGAGGCUGUGCUGCCCAAGCUGCACCUGGACGAGGACUACCCCUGCUCGCUUGUGGGCAACUGGAACACAUGGUACGGGGAGCAGGACCAGGCAGUACACCUAUGGCGGUUCUCAGGUGGCUAUCCGGCCCUCAUGGACUGCAUGAACAAGCUAAAAAACAACAAGGAGUACCUGGAGUUCCGGAAGGAGCGGAGCAAGAUGCUACUGUCCAGGAGAAACCAGUUGCUUCUGGAGUUCAGCUUCUGGAAUGAGCCACAGCCCCGGGCCGGCCCCAACAUCUAUGAGCUGAGGACGUACAAGCUGAAGCCAGGAACCAUGAUUGAAUGGGGAAACAACUGGGCUCGGGCCAUCAAGUACCGUCAGGAGAACCAGGAGGCCGUGGGAGGCUUCUUUUCACAAAUAGGAGAGCUCUACGUGGUACACCACUUAUGGGCCUACAGAGACCUGCAGUCCCGGGAGGAGACUCGAAAUGCAGCUUGGAGAAAGAGGGGCUGGGAUGAAAACGUGUACUACACAGUCCCCUUGGUCCGGCACAUGGAGUCACGAAUCAUGAUCCCUCUGAAGAUUUCUCCUCUCCAGUGAGGCUGGCACGGCCUCCACCUCCUUCCCUUUCUCCUGCGGACUAGCCUGGAACGGAGGAGCUUCUAGGCCAGCUGGCAGUUUCCUUUCAACUCUGGAAGACUUUUGAUGGGCGGUGUUCAGCUUAGACAAAGAUGACGUUUUUCUGAGAACUUAAGUCUAUUCAUACCCAGCCAACCUUUCCCAUGCUGGAUAAGUUUUUAACUUCCCUAACUGCAGAAUAGCAACCUUUUAAGCAGUCGUAUAUUUUCCUCUUAAGAUUCGUCAUCUCCAGGACAUAAGUCCCUAGCUAACACUGUGGCCAUGGCUUCGUUGCAUAAAGGCUGGUAUAACUGGCCAUUACGAGGUAUGGUAUGGCCGUUAGGGGGUAUGGUGUGAAGGAUGUCACACUGUUAGGGGGUACGGUGUGAAAGGUCGUCAGUCCAGGUGUGGCCCAGGAACUCUCGGGGGGUCUACUGUUAAAAACGCAAGCCUGGGCCUUUAAAAACAAACAAACAAACACAGACCUGCCAUAAACUCUGAGGUUAUCAAAGUCAGGAGAAGAUCCAGAAUUCUGCUUAAAGGGCUGGGAAAAAGAUGGAAGUGGGAAAGAUUGGGAUACGUGAAACAGGCUUGAAGCAGGAACCCUUCAGAAAUGGGCACAUAGGGUCCAGAAUUUAAAAUACAGAAUUAGGAAGAUAGAACACAGAUAACAGGAUCUUUGUUUGUUUGUUUGAGAAAAGAUUUCUCUGUGUAGCCCUGGCUGUCCUAGAACUCACUCUGUAGACCAGGCUGGUCUAGAACUCAGAAAUCAGUCUGCCUCAGCCUCCCGAGUGCUGGGACUAAAGGCGUGUGCCACCACUGCCCAGCGAGAUGACAGGAUCUUAAGGGAGGACCAUGUCCCUUAAGACAGAUGGAGAGGCUUUAUCCAUGUUUUCCUACACAAUGUGGUUAGAACGUGAACAUGCCUCAGUUCUUCUGCACGUCUUCCUUCCUACAGGCAGAAAUGCAGGCUGAGACCUAUAGUCCUGUCGAAUUCUUUCUUUCCCUACUUGACAUUGUCCCCCAAACCCUCAUUUUGCAGAACCAUUAGGUCUGUGGAGUGGAUACAGUGAUUCUGGGGUCUCUUCAAUGACCCCCAUACCUCAUGAUCCCCUGCUUAGAUAGUCUUGCUACCACAUCAGGAGAAUGCACUGGAAUAGUUGAUGGAACCAAAUUAAAUAUUUACUGUAAA